AAAAAAAAAUAAUAAAGAUCAAAUAAAUCUUAGAAAUAAUAAUAAAAUACAAAAUAAGCAGAAGAAUAAAAAUUAUAUAAAUAAAAAUUAGUAUAAGAAGUAAAAAUAUUUAAAAUUUUAUGCAUAAAUGUCAUACAAAAGAUACAAUUGAUUUUUAAAAUGGUAAACCUGCAUUGAGAAAAAUUUAAAAUAUUGACGAUGUAAUAAUGAAAUUAAGCAGAUCUCAUAUUUAAAAAUAAUUUCUUGCUUAAAAGGGACUUGAUAAUAUUGCUGAUUGGAUUUAUAAACUUCCUAAUGGAUCUGAACCACCUAUUUCUUUGAAAAAAAAACUUUUAUAAUUUGUAUAUGGCUUACCUGUUAAAAAAUAGAAUUUAAGUGGAAUUAAAUUAGGAAAAAUUAUUUAUAAAAUAUCAAUGAAAAGUGAUGUAAAAGAACUUAAAUCGAUUGCAAGUAAAAUAGUUGAAAAAUGGAGUUAACUUUUAAAUUAAAAAGAAGAGGUUGAUUGA